ACGCUAUCCAUCCAUUCAAACGAUACCUGCGCUCGCUCGGGUUCGGAUGUGUUUCGCUGUCGACGCUCCGCGGUUUAUCUGUUUGCUUUAGUCAGAGUUGAAAAUUCCUGUUCAUCUCCGGUCCCGUGGGAUAGUUGGAGAUCAGUGAGGUGCUUAUUGCGUUUUAAACGCGCAUUAUUCCAGAGACGAUUGCAGGAAACUGUACUGUUUGAGUGGCUCGCGAAUCGAUUAGUUUAAUUAGUUUGUGUGACCGUGUGGGAUUUUUUUCAAGUGUAUCAAGUGGCAAUAUUUUUCUGCGGAACGAAGAUAGUACUCCCGCAAAGCGUAUGUAUCGAAUAACAAACAAUCGAGUGUGUAUGGACGUGAUGAUUCACCUCGAUCCAAAGUAUGGAGAUCCAAUGGAGUAGCACCGGAAAUUGGGCUGGAAGGUACGCAGUUUAGUCCAAGAAACCUAUAAUAAAAAAGUGGUGUUUUGAAACGCUGUAACUGUUUUACAGUAUCUGCGCUUUACGACCAUCAAUCGCAGUGCAAAAACUGGUUCUGAGCGAAUGUGUGAGAGCGUGCGAAAUAAAGGAGAAAGGCAUAUAGAAUUUAUGCUCCGUUGCAACUUGAGUUUAUUGACAUUUGGAAUCUAUUGCGGAGAAUAAAGCGUCGUCACUGUUGUUUAUGUUUACCUGAAUGGUUAGUGGAAGUACGAUUAUCAGAAAAAGGCAAAAAUAAAAGUAUCACUUUCGUACGAUAAAUUUGAAGAAAAUCAGUGAACCAACUGGGAUUGUGAGCUCUUGUAAUAAAGCAUAGCAAAAAAUCGAUUAUUCUCAUCUCUUUCACUUGCCGCCACACGGAGAAGCAAAGAAGAAAGCCUGGUACGGCACGUUGUUGUUUACUAUUGCGAGUAAAACAAAAAGCGUGAUGUGUACCAACGAAAGUAGUAUUAAUUAAAAGCAGUAACCAACUACUAAUAGUGGCAGUUGCAAUAAAUUAAAUUAAAUAAAUGCUGAAAGACCACGCGAGUGAAAUUGCAUAAAUCGAACGAGUCCAGACUGGUGAUUUAGUACCGACCAUUUUCAGCAACAAACACCCACCAUUGCAACAUCGUUUGUUUGGGUUCGCGUCCAAAUCGUUGCUGUCAUUGACACUUACGUUUCUAGCGGCGGUGGCGGCGGCAGAGGGUGAUUCGAACUAGCAGCAAAUCAGCAACAAUAGAGCAUAACAGUAUUCAGCAGUGUUGCAAACGAAUCGAUUUUGGCGUGGGGGGAAACCAUCACGAUUGAUCGAUCAACAGUAGCUGCUGCUGCCAACGCUGGCGCAAUCCGGUGAAUUGUUUCGGAGCCACCACGGCGAGAUUGUGUUCCUACAGAAGCACGCCCACAUUCAGCUCCUACGUCCAGACGAUUGCCGGAGGAGAAUCAUCGCCGCAGCGAGACUCCACCGAUAGAACGCCCACGAACAGGUGAAUCAAAUGCCAUCGGCGGCGGUGCAGCUUUGGGUCGUUCAUAGGAUAAUGCCAAUCAAAUAAUUGUCGGCCGACGCGGAGCGGUGCUGGUUGGAGGACAAAGUGGCUCGAAAGGAAGCAGCAGCUGUAGCAGCCGGGAGGCAAACCGCCAAACUGUGGUCGUUCGGCGUGGGUGGGCAUCAUCACGCGGCGGUUGCACCCAGAAGAAGACAUAAUUCAAUCUCCAAAAUGACACUAUACUGGUGGAAGCACUGGUUCUGGAUUACCGUGUGGGGAGUGGUUCUCAUCGAAUGCACCCCACUCAGUUCGGUUGAUUCCUACCCGGCGAAGCUCUCAUCAAAGCUGGAAGAGAACGGCAACAAAUCUACAUAUCUCAAGCGGGCCAACGAGCUUGCAUCACCACCAUCGUCAUCGGCUGGCGGUACCUCGGUGCUCAGCUCCUCCAGCGCAAACACCAAUGGUAAGCCCGCAGGAGGUUCCCCUUCAUUCAUUUCAUCCCUACCGCCGAUGGCCGCCGCAUCCAGCGGGCUCCUGUCCAGUUCGAGCGGAGUCGUACCCACGAUGAACAGCAUAGCCGACGUUCUGGAGCCGAUGCCACUGGACGAUGAUGACACAUUCGCCAGCGGAAGCUUGACUGGUACGGACUUCGGGCCGGAUGUGACCCGGUACGCCAGAAAGCACGAAGAUAUGGUGGCGAGUGAGAUUAGUUCGACAACAACGACAGCGGGGUCGGUGACGGCUGUCGGUUCCGGGAGGCUAAAGAAGAACGGGACGAUCUUCUCCCGCAAUGAUCAGAACAUCACCACGUUGAAGCUGAAGAACUACAACCGGGGUGUCGAAAGGGAGGAAAUAAAAGCAUCAUCACUGCGAAUGCCGGAUCGUGGAACCCGAUUGGUGGAUACACUGAUGUUGACCGCCGUCGAGAACACUACGGAACCAAUGGGAGUGAUCUCGGCACACCAACCCGAAGUUGAACCGGAUGAAGGAAGUGGAAACAUCACCGAUGUCAACAUUCCAGAGGAGGUGUCGUCCUUGAAUGGAACAUCUGUGGGUCGAUCUGCUGCAGAUCACUUCCAGACAUCGGAGCCCAGUGACAGCAGAAACACUAGCAGCAUUAGCUUUAGUUCUAGCAGUAGUGAAGAUAGUAAUAUUAGCAGUAGUAGUAGCAUUAGUGAGCCGGACAUUCCUGACAGCCAUAGCGACAGUUCGGGAACGGAUUCGAUCCCUGCCAGCGACCGGCGGAUAGGCAAGAUCCUGUCGACCGAUUUCCGGGACUUUGUGAGCAAUGGCAACCCGAAUCCGAAUGCGAGCAGUUACAUAUCGCGGGCGAUAGCUUUCUCCACGCAGGACCUUCAGGAGGGAAUUGACGACCAGGACCACCCGCUGGAGGAGGACGACUACCGGCGCAGCUCACGGAGCCAACAGCGACUCAACGUGGGGGCCAUCUCCGGGAUAUGCCUGGCAUCGUUGGGGCUGCUCACGGGGAUAUCCGCGGCGUUGAUAAUCCUUUACCGGAGGUAUCUCUAUCUGAACAAACCGCAGACACUCAGCGAACCGGAUUCCAGUGGGUACAUCGACGACAGCACGAUCCGGGAUAACUCGGACGAGAUGUACAGUUUGGAUAAUGACUCGUUCCUUAACUCGCUGGAAGCGAUGACUAUUCAGAACUACUGGACCGAUAAUGUCAAACAUACGAAGCUGUAGGUGGGAAAAGCUUCGGUUGAAUUUAUUUCUUCUAUUACAAAUUGAGACGCUUUAUUUUCCUAGAUUAGAUAUUUCGAUUGCAAUCAUUCCGUCACAUGCCGUCCCUUAGUAUGAAUGAUAGUACGCUAUGUAGUUCGAAUUGUUUGAUCAAAAAAACAUUCCCGCUAAGACAUAUCGUUACUCAGUUUUAGAGUAGGGCUAUGAUUGUAUUAUUCGUUGGAUAAGUUCCUUAGUUGCAGCAUUCCAAAUAGUUUUACCCUUUAUUCUUAUGAUCUACCCACGCGGAACAGAACGACACCCUCAUCGGCUGCUCACUUUGAAACGGAAAAUGUGAUUUAGAGGAAAAACAGACAGACAGCAGGAGAGAUCUUAUUAUAUUUAUUGAAACUGUUUAAAUUUAGUCAAGUGAAAAUUGUUGAUAACCCGAGUAAACAGAACAAUGUGCAAAUCAUACGUAUUGCGUCUAUAAAGUGAUUCAAAUUCCCUACUUUUAAGCAAACUUUCACAAUAAGAAAUGAGAAUCAAAGUACUUAUCUUUAAGUCAGUGAACAUGAAAAUAUACGACACAUGAAUGUGUGAAUGAGUUGGCAGCAAAAUACGAGUAUCCAACCGCGAAGGCAAAUGGUACAAUUUUUCUGAUUCGGUUAUUUUGUGAAUAUAAAUAUGAUAUAAUGGA